AUGACCCACAGCCUGAGGAACAGUAGCAGGGAUUGCAGCAGCUGGACUGGCAGCAGCAAGGCACAAGGGCCACAGCUCCCUUUGGAACCCCCACAGGAGCCACAGCCCCCCUUGGAACACCCACAAGAACCACAGCCCCCCUUGGAGCCUCCACAGGAGCCACAGCCCCCCUUGGAACCUCCACAGGAGCACAGCCCCCCUUGGAGCCUCCACAGGAGCCACAGCCCCCCUUGGAACCUCCACAGGAGCCACAGCCCCCCUUGCCACAGCUGGAGCAGGAACAGGCUGGCACACAGCAGCACACGGGUUUGCAGCAGCAGACAGGCACACAGCAGCCGGAGCCACAGCCCCCACAGCCGGAGCCACAGCCCCCACAGCUGGAGCCGCAGCCCCCACAGCCGGAGCCACAGCCCCCACAGCCGGAGCCACAGCCUCCAGAGCAGCCACAGCAGCCCAUGGUUCUGGUGGAUUGAGGGUGGAGCAGGUAGAGGAGCAGGUGAGAGGGAGGUGCAGGUGUGGAGCUCCCUGAGCCCGGGUUCUUUAUAUUCCUGCCCAGGGUCAGGUGAGAGGCUGGGCACAGGUCACUUCCUGGUUCCUGCUUGUGCCACUGGUCCCGCUGUUCCUCCUGCCGCCGCACGGUGUCGCUGUGGAGCAGGUUCCGCCCCAGCGUGGCCGGCCCAGGGGCUCCCGUACAGCUGCACCUGCGGACGGCAGAGGCCCUUCCAGGGACGGUGCGCGGAGGAGGAUGCCCCGCCCGGGUGCCGGGCUCAGCCUGGGAAGCGGCAACUACAUUCGGGUGCAGGCCCAUUGGAUGCUAAAGAAAGCCCGAGGAGAGCAGGGAACGGGAUAGCCAUUUGCUCCCGUGACCCCAAUACCUGUGAGUGCCCCGAGCCCAGUCAACGGGCCCCAGGCCACGGUGUAGACACCGGCUGGCACUCGGUGACUCUUCCCGCGUGA